GCUCCUGGCCGGUGGAGGCGGCGGCGGCGGCGGCAGCGGCAGCGGAAGGGGAAGCGCUGAGGCGGCGGGGCCCACAGCCAUGGCGGAGCCCGUGCGGGAGGAGCUCUCGGCCCUGGCCGCGAUUUUCUGCGGUCCCCACGAGUGGGAGGUGCUGAGCCGCUCAGAGACAGAUGGGACCAUGUUCAGAAUUCACACAAAAGCUGAAGGAUUUAUGGAUGCGGAUAUACCUCUGGAAUUGGUGUUCCAUUUGCCAGUCAAUUAUCCUUCAUGUCUACCUGGUAUCUCGGUUAACUCUGAACAGUUGACCAGGGCCCAGUGUGUGACUGUGAAAGAGAAGUUACUUGAGCAAGCAGAGAGCCUUUUGUCAGAGCCUAUGGUUCAUGAGCUGGUUCUCUGGAUUCAGCAGAAUCUCAGGCAUAUCCUCAACCAACCAGAAACUGGCAGUGGCAAUGAAAAGUGUACUUUUUCAACAAGCACGACCGUGGAUGAUGGAUUGUGGAUAACUCUUUUGCAUUUAGAUCACAUGAGAGCAAAGACUAAAUAUGUCAAAACUGUGGAGAAGUGGGCUUCAGAUUUAAGGCUGACAGGAAGACUGAUGUUCAUGGGCAAAAUAAUACUGAUUUUACUACAGGGAGACAGAAACAACCUCAAGGAGUACUUGAUUCUUCAGAAAACCUCCAAAGUAGAUGUGGACUCAAGUGGAAAGAAAUGCAAAGAGAAAAUGAUUAGUGUACUGUUUGAAACAAAAGUACAGACAGAACACAAAAGGUUUCUGGCAUUUGAAGUCAAAGAGUAUUCAGCGUUGGAUGAAUUACAAAAGGAAUUUGAAACUGCAGGACUUAAGAAGCUUUUCUCCGAAUUUGUACUUGCUCUGAGACACUCCAGAUUGGAGUCGAAAUUGCUAAAGUGAAGAAUAUUGUGAAGAACCACCCAUAAAUCAGGUCUGAAAUCUUUCUUCCUUGGUUAUUAAGUUAUCGGAACUCCCCAUAAGAUCCUCAGUGUGGAUUGAGAAAGAGGAAGCUGUGCAGAAGGAGUAGCUACUAUAGAUAACUGAGCCACCUGAUCAUGCAGCUUACUUGUACCUUUGGGACCUGCUUGUGCCUGAUCUCAUAUAUAUUACUUCAUCUGCACAGGCCCAACUUUACAAUUUCAUGAAUAAAGUAAUUCCCAGUUCAUGAUAUGUAGCUCCAUGUUCAAUUGAUGUCUCUUGGUCAAUUGUUCAAUUUUAUCUAAGACCCAGUACCAAGCUAGGAGCUCUUUUUUGAAAGAAGGGGCCGGGUGCCAUGGCUCACGCCUGUAAUCCCAGCA